AGCUUCCUGCCUCAGCCUCCCAAGGGCUAGGUAUAGAUGUGCACCACUGCACCCACCUUCCCUAGUCACUCGUGUUGCAGUGAGGAUAACCCGUUCCUCUGAAGCUUUCUUACCCUCCCUAAGAUGGAGUAUGCCCUCCUCUGCCUUCCACAUCUCAGCGUUGGUCAUUCUGCUGUGUUUCCCCGAAUCCCAGCCCUGGCCACCCUCCACUGUCACUCUACUGAUGUGUCAGUCUUCCCUAUGAGACUGGGAGCUUCGAGAGGACAGACUCCAAGGCUGUCUCAGUCACCGCUGUGUCUCCAGGACUAGUGAGGACAAAGUGUGUGCUAAGCGAAGAUGUAAACCGCUAACGAUCCCACUCUGCCCACGAGGGCACAAGGGACACUUGGCUCUGUGAUGUUUGCCUCUGUGAAUUAGAUGGUCGCUGGUCCCCUCCAGCGCUCAGGUGGACGAGAACUGAGCUCAUUAUGCGCCUGGAUGCAGGGAGCAACCUUAACAGCCGCGCGCUCUCUUUGAGGAGUUGGGACGCAACUCUUCCACGCAGAAGCGAAAAGGAGAGUUUGGGUUCUCUGUAAUUUAGGGACCUGCGACUUCUGGAGCGGGGAAGAGAAGCAAGGGAUGGACAGCAACCGCGCCCCUCCCCCCCCCAAUCCAUCCGGGAGUGCAGAGCUCCGCCCUCUGCGCCCUGCGCUAACACACCUGGUGCCUGGGCGUGCCUCAGUUUCCCAGAGGCAGGGCGUUGCUCCAGCCCCGCUCCUCCCUCUUUUCCUCUUCCUCUUGGGGCGUCUGUGGCCGCGUCUCCAGCUGCCGGAACUGAAACCAGGCUCCGGACGGCGGGGGCCACGUCAGCUGCAGGGGCUGCGCGGGUCGGAGCGCCAUGCGGCAGGGCGCGCUGCUGGCGAUUGCGCUGGGCGCCUACGCCGCCUACUUGACGCUGGGCGCGCUGCUCGUGGCGCGGCUGGAGCGGCCGCAGGAGGCCCGGCUGCGGGCAGAGCUGGGGUCGCUGCGGGAGCAACUGCUGCUGCGCAGCCCGUGCGUGGAGCCCCCGGCGCUGGACGCCUUCGUGGAGCGGGUGCUGGCGGCCGGGCGGCUGGGGCGCUCCGUACUCGCCAACGCCUCGGGGGCCGCCAACACCUCGGACCCGGCCUGGGACUUCGCCUCGGCGCUCUUCUUCGCCAGCACGCUGGUCACCACCGUGGGCUACGGCUACACCACGCCACUGACAGACGCAGGCAAGGCCUUCUCCCUCGCCUUUGCGCUCCUGGGCGUGCCGACCACCAUGCUGCUGCUGACUGCCUCGGCCCAGCGCCUGGCGCUGCUGCUGACACGCGUGCCCCUGUCUUGGCUGAGCUUGCGUUGGGGCUGGGACCGCCGGCGGGCCGCCCGAUGGCACCUGGUGGCCCUGCUGGCCGUCGUGGUGACCAUCUGCUUCCUGGUGCCGGCUGUGGUCUUCGCAUACCUGGAGGAGAACUGGAGCUUCCUGGAUGCUUUCUACUUCUGCUUCAUCUCUCUGUCCACCAUCGGCCUGGGAGACUACGUGCCCGGGGAGGCCCCGGGCCAGCCCUACCAGGCCCUCUACAAGGUGCUGGUCACAGUGUACCUCUUCGUGGGCCUGGUUGCCAUGGUGCUGGUGGUGCAGACCUUCCGCCACGUGUCCGACCUCCACGGUCUCACAGAGCUCAUCCUGCUGCCCGAUCCAUGCUCCGCCAGCCUCCGCGAGGAGGAGACUGACCAGGUGGACAUUCUGGACUCCCAGCCGGACCUGCACGAGCAGCUCUCUGUCAGCUCCCACGCCGACUAUGCCUCCAUCCUCAGGUAGCCGGGCGGGCGCCUCGAGGCGG